GGGAAUAAAAGGGGGCCGUGUCCCUCUCUUGUCCUCGCACUUCCUGGCUCGAAGGCCCUCCCGCUUCCCGGCCUUCCGCUUCCUCCUUUGUACUCGAGACGGUGGUCCAUUGUGGUUAAGGGGAUGGUGGCGAUUCUCCCUGUUUGCCAAAGACAUUAAAAGGACAAGCUGAUCCCGAACGCAUCACGCACCACAGACGCUCCAGUGAAGUACGGAGCGGUGCCGAGGCUCCUCGUCACUGUCCUCCUCGGAAGGGUUCCUGUUGUUCGGGACCCGUGGCUAACGGUGGAUAUAAAUUGCUGCGAGCCGACGGUGGUGGCGGUGUCCUGGGUGGUGGUUCCUCUUUGUGUGCUGUGAUUCUGGAUUUGGUUGCUUUGCACUUCACCUUUGUGUGUGUCACGUGAGCGUGGGGUGCCUUUUCUUGUUUUGGACUCCUUCCCCCCACAUUGUCCCUCACCGUUGGUGAGCCUCAGCUAUUGGAGCAGGGUGUUAAUUAUUAGUUCGGUCGUGAACUACCCUUUUUAACUUGUGAGACCAACUUCCAAUAAACGUGUUCAUUAUUUUUGCUACCGUGAACCACGUCUCCUGCCCUUCCUUGUAUUACUUACCUGUGUGCCUUCCUUUAUAGUUAUAUUUAUUUACAAUUCCCUGGGUGCAAUUCCCAGGGUGGCGUUGUUGGUUUCUUUGUCCUAAAUUUAAUAAUCGUAGUAUAACAUUCUGAGCCCUCGCAUCGCCACAACUUGGCGUUGUCGGCAGGAUUUACUUAGUGAAGGCGGACACGUGUGUUCUCUGUAGUUUGGUUUUUUUUUUGUUGUUGUUCCUGAUUUGCCCAUCUUCUGGAUUGUGAUUUGAGUGUGAGUGGAUGCAUUGAGUUUGAGGCGAAGCAGCAGUGGGUUUCCUGUUAAGUGUUGUAAGAUUAGCGUCCAGGGAUUAGUGGUAACAGUAAAGUAAUGGAGGGGGAACUGCAAGAAAUGAGGGAUUUGGUGGCACAGUUGAGGGCGGAAAAUGAUAGGUUGCAGCGGGAGCAGGUUGCGGCCGUACCUGGUCCUAGCGCUGCACCUCCCAUCUCCACCGAGCCUCUUCCAGCACCUUCCACCUCUAGCGCUCCUGUAACAGAGAGGCUGGUCCUGAUCCCCAGAGAUAGGAAGUGCCCAGUCUUUAGGGGUAGGACAGGCCUAGGGCUAGAAGGGUGGAUAGAAGAGGUUCAGGCCUGUAUGAGAGCUCGCCACCUUUCCCUGUCCGAUCAGGCAUUUUUUCUUUUCGACCACUUGGAGGGAGAGCCGCGGGAAGAAAUAAAAUAUCGUUCUAGCGCGGAGAGAAGUGACCCGGCUAGAAUUAUCGCUGUUCUGCGGGAGCUGUAUGGUUGUACGGACUCUUAUGUUGCCUUGCAGGAAGCCUUUUUCUCUAGACGCCAGCAAGAGGGGGAAACGCUUCAGGAAUUCUCCCUUGCGCUGAUGAGUCUGAUGGCUUCUGUGAGACAAAGUGCACCCAGUGACAUGUUAAAUGCAGAUGUUUUAUUGCGAGAUCAAUUUGUCGAGAGCGUUAUUGACGGUUCCCUUCGCCGAGAGUUGAAGCAACUUGUGCGCAGGCAGCCUGCUGUCUCUUUGCUUGAGGCAAGGGCAGAGGCAAUCAGGUGGGAGCGAGAGGGGUUGCCAGGAGGUGUGCGGGGUCGGAGCCACUCGGUUCCCUCAGUUCUGGGUUUACAGUAUGGUGUUCAGAGUGCCCCUCCGGUGGCUAAUCGACCUCAGGCUGGUGAGCUGCUGGAGGUGAAAGAAAUGUUAAUGCGCCAGCAGGAACAGCUUAACAGGCUCACUGAUAGUCUUGCUCAGCUGCAGACCAAUCAGCAGCGUAAUCAUUCCACUUACCGUGGUCCAGUAAUUUGCAGACGGUGUCAGCAACCGGGCCAUUUUGCCAGAGAGUGCGAAGGAGGGCGUGCUCUUCCCCGUCCGCGACCUUUAGCGCCCGCUUCAUCUCAGCUGGGCAUGCAACAUAAUUCAGGUCAGCAUCCGGGAAACUAGCGCCCGCCGAGCUGCAGAGCCAAAGUUCGGGGGGAGCCACCACCGGCUCAAAAGUUUCUUCAGGGGCUGGGGAAGAAGCUAAGCUAGUUGCCGCUUGUCCACAUGUGGAUGUGGUCAUGGGAGGAGUAGUGGUUCCUUGUCUGGUGGACACGGGGUCUAUGGUGUCAACCAUUACGGAGAGCUUCUUCCGGCAGCACUUUGAGGCUUGGGGCCAAGAGAGGCUUCGGUCCUGCCAUUGGCUGCGACUUCGAGCGGCCAACGGGUUGCCCAUUCCCUACCUGGGCUAUCUGGAGCUUGAAGUCGAGCUUUGUGGCAGGUCGUUGCCGGAGUGUGGGUUACUGGUGGUCAAGGACCCCCCAGCUGAUGAAUCUCCUCCCGCACCUGGUGUGUUGGGGAUGAAUAUUUUGCAAAGGUGUUACAGGAUGCUGUUUGGGCAACAUGGUCUCGCUCUGUUUGGUCUCCCCAUUGUCACUGAAGCACCAAAAUCUGUUGUGCAAGCACUACAAAGAUGCCACCAGGCUUCCGAGGAUCCUCCCUCUGAAGCCGCUGGUAAAGUUAAGGUGCGAGGCAAGAAGGCCUGCCGCAUCCCUGGUGGCACCAUGCAGGUGGUUUUAGCUACCUGUUCUGCACAUUGCUCUGGCGCUACGGUGCUCUUUGAACCCUCAGAUCAGGGACUUCCUGCUGGACUUCUGGCUUCCCCAGCACUGGUUCGA